UACAAGGAGACUCAUUUGUCAAAGAUUCCGACAAGAGUUUCGCCUCUAUGAAACUAUUCUGCGCUCUUUCCCUUGUCGACCAUUUGUAAACAUGGCUCCGACCAUCGCAAAGAAGCCUAAAGGUGCAACCACCAAAAAACAGGUUCUUCGAGGUAAGGGCCAGAAGAAAAAGGUGUCCCUUAAAUUUACUAUUGACUGCACACAUCCUGCCGAGGAUAAUAUUAUGGAUGUAACAAAUUUUGAAAAGUACCUGCAUGAAAGGAUCAAAGUUUCUGGUAAAACAAACAACUUUGGUAACAGCGUUACAUUGGAACGCGAUAAGAUGAAACUCUCAGUCAAUAGCGAUAUCGACUUUUCUAAGCGGUAUCUCAAGUACUUGACGAAAAAGUAUUUGAAGAAAAACAAAUUGCGUGACUGGUUGCGAGUAGUGUCAAAAGACAAAGAGACAUACGAGCUAAGGUACUUCCAGAUUAACAGCCAGGAGGAUGACGACGAAGAAGAUGCAGAAUAAACUUUGUUUUUAUUCCAUACACAAUUACAGAAACAUCUGUACAUAUUUCUAUUAAUAAAUAAUGGAACAAA